AUGCAUUGGUUUGAGAAAGCAAUCAGACUCGAAGACAUGCCAGAUCAUCGAGACAUCAACGCAUGGAUGGGGCAUUGUGGUGGCACUGAUCCUCAUUGCCGGCAAGGCUGUUCGCCGGCAUGUGCCAAUUACACCUCCAUGACAGGCAUUGAGAGCGCAUCCAAGAAUCAUUCAGCAGAUAGUGUUGUUGAGGAACCCAGAGCCAAGGCACACAACCAACCUCUAGUGGGACAACCGGCGGUCCAAGAAGCCAUGCGGAAGGUACAAGAAGGGCGUGUGGCCCUUGCAAGAACACAAAACCUUUUGCCACAACAUCAGGUACGCUUUGAUGGGCGAAUGCCUACCACAUCUGGACUUUUGCAACCGACGGACGGCACCAGGCCGACAGCAUCAUCAACAAUUGCCAGUGACGACAAGUCGUCUGCAGAAGACAACACCGACAUGGCGCGACAUACUUUGGUGAGUUCAACAGCAGAGCCCGUACUUGAAGACGAGGAUGAAGGUGCAGAGUACGAGCUCGACGACCUGCAGAGAUGUUGUUGA